AUGGCAAUCGAGAAGUCAGAUCUCCUGCUGAAGCUUGGUGCUGAAGUAGAAAGAGUGCGCCCGGCGCCUAUCGUGGACCAGAAACAAUUCGUCAACCUCGCACGAUCGCGAGCAGAGGAGCACACUGCAAGUUCCGAAAAGCCUGGGAGAGGACUGUUCGCCGAUCAAUUCGAAACGGAAGCCAACUGGCGCGCACACUUCACUGGCACGGGACCUGAGAUCUACGAGCAAACUGGGCGUUGUGUGGAUGCUUUCGUUAGUGGCGCUGGCACCGGAGGAACUAUCUCUGGAGUAGCGUUAUUCCUGAAGUCCAAAUUACCCGACAUCAGGGUCGUCCUUGCGGAUCCCCCUGGCAGCGGCUUGUUCAACCGCGUCAAGUACGGUGUUAUGUUCGACCCCAAGGAAAGAGAAGGAACGCGGCGGCGACACCAAGUGGACACAAUCGUUGAAGGGAUCGGCAUCAACAGAGUGACUCACAACUUCGACGUUGGUAGGGAGCUGAUCGACGAUGCCAUCAGGGUUAACGACGACCAAGCAAUUUCCAUGGCGCGCUGGUUGGUUGAGCACGAUGGCAUCUUUGUUGGAAGCUCUAGUGCUGUGAACUGCGUCGCUGCCACGAAACUUGCAAAGACACUUGGUCCAGGACACCGCAUCGUCACCAUAUUAUGCGACAGUGGUUCAAGGCACUUGAGCAAGUUCUGGAAAAAUACCGAGCCAGUUGGUGGCGCCGAGAACGAUAUGUCUCUCCAAGCCAUUCUCGACGCUUGA